CAACAAACCCAACUACAACUACCCAACCCAAAACAUCAGAUCAAAGUAGCAAAAUUUUAAAUUUUAGACAUCCACCGACCAACCACAGCCCACAGCUAGCGUAGAUUGCUCGCUACAGCUGUAGUAGGUCUAUUACACAGAGCCAGAAUAAAACAAAUUAGAAGAUGAACAUAACCUAAUAGUAUCAAUAUUUUUUUAAAACUGAUUUGAACUUAAAAUAAAUUAUGUAUAGACUAAUAUUCAAUAGAUUUUUAAAGGCAGUUAAAGUACCAAACGACAUCGUCAGAAGAAAUAUAAGUUGCAGUUCAAGAGUUUUUAAUCAAGAAUUUCAAAAUGAUCGCCCUGUUAAAUUUUCUGCCAGUCCAGCUAGUCAUUACAAAGCACAGUCUAGUAGAACUGGAGUACAUUACGAAUCUAGAUUAUGGUAUGAACCUUAUGUGAUUAUAGCAAGUAUUUCAGUUUUUUUAAUUUACUUCACAAUUCUAAGAGAAGAAAAUGAUAUAGAUGAAGAACUGUCUCGAUCUUUGUAUAGCCGGAUUGAAGGAUUAGAGGAAUUUCAGCUGAGAGAAUCAUUAAAAUACAAUAAAGAACAUGGGAAAGACACAACCGAUAUUCUCAAAAGGCUUGCUGAACUUGAAAAUGAAAAAAGAGAAAAAACAGAAAGUUAACCUGAGUGUUAGAUUUUUUAGCUGUUGUAAAUUACAGUAAAUAAUAUAUUUAUAAUCAAUACAUGAUAAAUAA